CCGAUCCCGAAUAUUUUCAUUGCGGCAAAAUGUCAACAACAACGGAAGAGAAUGAUGAAGAUGAAAUAUCGAUUGAACCCUCAAGGGCUUUUACGGAGGCACUUGUUGAACAAGUAAACAGAGAAGAUGUCCAAUCUAUGGUACAGCUUCAACGAGACAUGUUAGCUAGAUAUGAGAAAACCAAUGAAAUGUUAAUCAAUUUCAAUAUGCUGUCAUCUGCCCGUUGUGAGGCAACAUCACAAGAAUUUCGACAACAUACACAAGUUCUUGGACAAAUGAAGGCAGACCUAGAUAUCAUCUUUAGGAGAAUAAGGACUUUGAAACAAAGACUUGGAACAUUAUAUCCAGAGGCAUUUGCCGCAUGUAGUGAUGUGUACAAUAUACUGGAAAACAGCGAGGAGGAAGAACACACAGAGAAAUGUCCAGUGAAAGUUUGUGUUACAGACACUACAAAAAAUGAAAAGGACUCAGAACAACCUCAGAAUGGUGCCAAUAAACUAAAGGUAGAACAUGUAUCAAAGGACCAAACAGAACUAAGUGAACAAUUCCAGUCAAGCUGUGCAGUGAAUCACACUGAUUCAGUGGAGGCUAAUGAGUAUAACUUAAAUUGUCUAUAUUAG